UUGUAGAAUAUUUCUGCAAUGUAAGGUUGCAUACAAUACACCCUUAUGGUGGGAUCUCUUUCUGGAUCUUCGUACGGGAUAUUUUGUGUACCGGGUUGCCCUGUACAAGUCCAAUAUUCUUAUAGCAUCUGCAGAAAAUGGUCCAUAAAAUGAACCAAUACCCAUCCAUACAUUAUGCUUCUUUUCUUUCUGCAACAAAGUUUAAGCAGAAACAACACAAGAUUGUAUGCUCUAUCAAAAUGCUAAUCUCGGUAUCUUACUGGAAAAAGCAAAUAUCAAAUCAGCAAAUUUCUGUCGGUCUCCUGACAACACCAAGACAGGAAAAAAUGUUCUGUCCCGAGCGAAUCAUUUUGGAACCUACCGAAAGUUUUUCAACUUUUAUCUCUCUCUGAGACAGAGGAUUCUUGUUCUUCCUUCUUCUGCAUAUAUAUAUAUAUAUAUAGUGUGGUAUUGGAGCCAUUGAAUUCCCAUACCACAUCAAGCAAUACAACUCACCUACCUGAAACUCGAAACCUCGGUUUGGUUGGUUGAGUUCAGACCCAGGUUUGCUAUCAUGGGUUCUCAGUUCUAAUCCUCUGCAAAAGAAGAACCACCUCUAGCGUUACUUCUUCCUCUAAGAAACCAACCCUAAUUUCGUUGAGAAAUGGACAAGGUGAUGAGGAUGUCGUCGGAGAAAGGGGUGGUUAUAUUCAGCAAGAGCUCGUGUUGUCUGUCCUACGCUGUCCAAGUUCUCUUCCAAGAUAUAGGGGUUCAUCCAACGGUCCACGAGAUCGACACCGACCCCGAUUGCCGGGAAAUCGAGAAGGCCCUGAUGAGGAUCGGUUGUUCCACGCCGGUCCCAGCCGUCUUCAUCGGCGGCAAACUCAUCGGCUCGACCAAUGAAGUCAUGUCUCUCCACCUAAGAGGCUCUCUGGUUCCUCUGGUCAAAACCAUCACAGGCUAACUUUGUGUCAAAUGUGGGGUUCAAAAGCUACUAACUAUGGAGAUUGGUCUGAAUAAGCAGAGAGAGACUUCAGCUUUGUAAUCUGUUACAUGUAGUUCCAUUGCUGGUUGUGUAAUCUGGGGCAAGUGUAAAAUUGUAUUUGAUGCAGUCAGUAUAUACAUACGUAUGAUUAUUUGACAUGACGAAAGUAUGAGAUUCGUGGACAAGCCAUAAGGACAUAACUAUAUAACAUUAAGCAGGCAGAACAUUUUUUUAAAGAGAGUUUUAAAAGCAUAUUUCUACAGGUACAGUAACGAGUACAGACAAAUACGUUGUCUGAAUUGCAACUCCAACCGAACAGAACAGAACAGAACAAUGAGAUUUCCUUUUUUUUUUUUUUGUUACUUGGG